CCCUGGUACCUUGUUAUAUGGCAAGCAUUUCCAAAUGCAGCUUCCGCACGCUCAAUAACACUCCAUCUGCUAUCACCCGCCGCUUCCUGCACCAACAUGUCGGGAUCGCAGCGUCUUGCCCAUCCUGGCACCAGAACCUCAAUGCGCCCACCGCCGAGACCGCAUGUGGCACACUAUCCUUCAAUAACCGGUCGCGCUCCUUCCCCCGCAGAAUCAUUAUCCUCGAGCGGUGCCUCUAACGCGGGCACUAAAAGAAAAGAGAGGGAUUUUGACCAAGACCAUGGCGAGGAAACAAACAUCCAUGUCGUGGUACGAUGUCGAGGUCGAAGCGCGAGAGAAGUUCGAGAAAACAGCGGGGUGGUGGUAUCAACCAGUGGAGUCCGAGGAAAGACUGUUGAACUGUCGAUGGGGCCCAAUGCAAUCAGCAACAAGACCUACUAUUUCGACAAGGUGUUUUCUCCUGCGGCGGACCAGGCCAUCAUUUUCGACGACGUCGUGGCGCCCAUAUUGAACGAAAUGCUGACAGGCUACAAUUGCACAAUAUUCGCCUAUGGCCAGACGGGGACAGGCAAAACAUAUACAAUGUCGGGUGACAUGACAGACACCCUGGGACUGUUAUCCGAUGCAGCCGGCAUUAUCCCUCGAGUACUCUACUCACUGUUCCAGAAACUGGAGGCAGACGAGGUGGAGUGCUCGGUGAAAUGUUCAUUCAUCGAGCUAUACAACGAGGAACUGAGGGAUUUACUGUCGCCGGACGAUUCCGUCAAGCUGAAGAUCUUCGAUGAUGCCAGCAGGAAGAGCCAUUCCGCUACGGUGGUUCAGGGCAUGGAAGAGUCGCACAUUAAGAAUGCAGCGGCGGGCAUCAAGCUUCUACGGGAGGGCAGCCACAGGCGUCAAGUUGCAGCUACCAAAUGCAAUGACCUCAGCUCUCGAAGUCAUACCGUCUUCACCAUUACCACAUAUGUGAAGAAACCUAACAACACAGGCGAAGAUUACAUCUGCUCUGGAAAACUCAACCUUGUUGAUUUGGCUGGCAGUGAGAACAUCCAAAGAAGUGGCGCGGAGAACAAAAGAGCCGCGGAAGCCGGACUCAUCAACAAGAGCUUAUUGACUCUAGGAAGAGUGAUCAAUGCUCUGGUGGACAAAAGCUCGCAUAUUCCAUACCGAGAAUCGAAACUGACAAGAUUGCUACAAGACUCACUGGGCGGAAGAACAAAGACAUGUAUCAUUGCUACAGUUUCACCAGCAAAAAGCAAUCUCGAAGAGACCAUUUCGACUCUAGACUAUGCUUUCCGUGCGAAGAAUAUUCGAAACAAACCGCAAGUCAACUCAAUGAUAUCCAAGAAAACUUUGCUGAAAGAGUUCACCGUCGAAAUUGAAAAGCUCAAGAGCGAAUUGAUUGCCACAAGACAACGGAACGGCGUCUAUCUCACCAACGAGCAGUACGAGGAAAUUACGGUGGAGAGUGAGUCCAGAAGGAUACUGAGCGAGGAACAGAAGGCUCGGAUCGAAACGAUGGAGGUCAGUUUACGCAACAAAGUCCAGGAGCUCUUCAGCUUGACCAACAACUUCACGAUGCUGAAGCGAGAUAAUGAAGGGACCCGAGCCACCUUAGAGAGCACAAAAGAUGUGCUUGAAAAGACUGCAGCUGUUCUCGCGGACACAGAAAGGCUGCUCGCGGAGGAGACUGCACUUCGCGAAGCACACGAAGUGACAGAGGAGACUUUAUUCGGCAUUGGGACUGAGCUGGUCACGACUGUUGGUGACUCGCUAAAGGAUAUUGAUGGUCUGCAAGCCAAGCUCAGGCGGCACUCCGUCCUUCACUCUCACAACCGCGAGUCAUGGAGCUCUUCUCUCCACCGGGUCAUGGAUGUCUGUGGACUGGUUGACGGGCGUAUCGAAAGCUUUCAUGCGGCACAUGCAGAGGCCGCCGCUGCAAGCUCUCGCCGAAUCGAGUCUUUGAUAGCGACCGAAAUGGCGCGCUUGGAGACUUCUGCGCAACUCUCUCAGGAGAAGUCCUCCCAGCUGGCUGAAGAUUGUGCUGGUGUCGAAAACCAGUCGGCGCAGGCUAGAGAUUCUAUGAAUAAUGUCCUCGAGGAGAUCAAAGAUCUACGUGAGAAUGUCAAGGACAACCUCAGCGAAGGCCUCCAAGGUCUAUCCCAGGCAGCUGCAAAAAUAUCUGCAGAGGUGAUCUCGGAGCUGGAACAGUUUCAUACACAGCUACAUUCGUCUUACAGUGGGCUCGGAAAAGACUUCAAGGCGAUGUUCGAUGACCUUAUCAAGCAAUUGACAGUGCAACGAGAGGAAAUUGAAGCCUUGUCGUCGGCGCUCCAAGGAGCAAGUCGCACCAACAUUGAGGCAUCACUUACCGCCUCUACCCAGCUCGAAGCCAUCAGGGACGAGGAGAGAAAGACUGCCGAGGAGGAGAAAGAGAAGCUCAAGGAGCAGAUCUUGAAACUGAUUGACUCGUCACAUCAACAACAGGAACAGAGACUGUCGGGUAGAUUGAAUAAUGUUCAAUCACACCUUGUUGAAGCGACAGAGCAAUUCGAAAGCGCUGACAAGUCUUAUCGAGAUGGGAUGGACAGGUGGACAGCUCAAGGCAAGGACCUGAUGACGCUGGUAGUCACGGCAAAGGACGAAUUGAAGGGUAAGAUGAAGGGUGACUGGACGGCAGUGAGUGCUCGAAACUUGGCCAUACAAAAAUCCACAAAGGCCGUCCACGAGGAAACGGUCAAAAUUGUCGACGCUCAGCUUACGCAGAUGUCAACUCAAAUGGGAGCCCUGGACGAAUUUGUGACGAGAGCUCGAUUGCAGAAUGACAGUCAUCAUGCUGAACGCUUACAGUCCUUGAGCAAUGCUGCAUCCCAUGCCCAGGAAGGCUUUAGCAGUCUUGAGAAGGAGUCGGAGCUGUGCCGCGAGGUGUUUGGAGCCUUUACGGGAGAACAGGAGAAACACCGUGCAGACAUCGACAGACUUUUUGUGUCAUUGGAGGAAGAAGUAAGGCACCCACUCCAGGAAAUGAAGGCAGAACUGUCAGAAGCAACCCUGGCCGAUUACAUUCCAACUGGAGAGACGCCACAAAAGAGAGAGUGGAAUUAUCCGACACGUCUGCCACGAACCGAAAACCACGAGUCCAUCAUCGCCAGGUUGCGAGGCUUACCUGACCCUGCCCUCAUUACCAAGACGCCUUCAUCAGUAAAGACGCCUGGCCGUUCGCCUAGGAAACAAGCAUCCCCACGUAAAGGACCAUCAUCGCCUUCGAAGCUACCGAGUCCAAGCAAGACCAAGAUCUUCACCGACGUUGAGAAUCCCACGGUCCAGACAUCUACGAUAUCGCUAUCGCAAACACAAGGCACCGCAAGUGGGAUCCCUGUCAACGAGCAGAAAUCUGGGCUGAAGGAAGUCGACAUCAAUGUUAUUAACAGCAACAGACCGAUAUUGUCAUCAGCAACAUCCAUGACAUCGUCCAGCAACGACGAAAAACCGGUACUGCUGGACUUCAGCAAGAGCGUUGGCAGUGGGAGUCAACAGCCACCACUCAAGAGGCACGCAACGACUAAUGCGAUUGUCGAGAGCAGACUGCCUACUGCGAAGCCCGGCAGGGUGACGAGGAGUACGAUGGCUGGAUUGGCGGGGAUGGGAGUCGGUGGCGUGGAGAAUUUCAGUCAAAGUAUUGGGCCAUUGGGCGGAGGGAGGAGGCUGAGAAGCAGUCCACCUGGCUAGUCACAUGGCCUGGGGAGUCGGCAUUGUUUUGUUUUUGAUACAAUGAGUGGGAAUUUUUUCAAGGUGGUGGUGGUGUCGGAGGUUUGGGGACAUUGCUGCUGGAACCUGACGAAUCGAAAUCACAUUGCGUUCAAGUCGAGUACUGUUAGAGAUACCCCUUUCUGUUGUUGUUGUUGCUGUUGUUAUCUGUGGGCUUCUUUGCAUAAUGGAACGACUGAUACAGAGGCAGGGAUCGACCGACUGUUUGGAUACCCGGCAAGGAAGAAAGGACGGAUGGAUACUUACAUAGACUGGUUUCAUUGAGAAUGCAACACUAGCCAAACAAGAAGGAAAUGAACGGGGAGGAGCAGCAGAAGUGGAAGUGGAAGUGGAAGUAGAAACAGGCCCCUAAGUUCCAAAUCCCUCACAGACUGACCCGACCACAAGCGUCUUGUGGGCGAAUGCUUGUAUGGAAAGUGAGUGUGGAUGUGGUAGACGAUCAAAAUCCCGCGCUG